AUGAUGAUCAGCAACAGCAACAGAGCCCUGGAGCUGGACACCGCUUGGGGGAAAGAUUCGGGUGAGCAGCGCAAGCCUGUUCAACAAGAAUCAAGCGGGAUUGGAGGCAGCGAGGUUCCAGUUGGGAGCAGUGUUCAUUUCUCAAGACGGCAGUCAGCUUCUACAGCAGAAGAGGACCCGUGGGCAACGGCGGAGGUAACAGCCUCCUUAAAUGAUGACCGCGGAUCUUCUACGAAGGCGUCUGCGAAGUCUAGUGGGAAAGACUUCAUCCCGGAGUAUGCUGGGUCGGGGCCAAUACGGGAAUAUCAGAGGCGAGUUAAGCUGUUUGAACUGAGUACCGGCAUUGACCCGACGUUUCGCGCUCAGAAGUUGAUGGAGAAGCUCACCGGGAAUGCUUGGCUGGCGGCUGAGUCCUUGCAGCUGGAGUCGCUUAAGCGUCCGGAUGGUGUGAGCCGUUUGCUAGACCACCUUUGGCGAGAGCUGGAGCUGUUGGAGUUUGUUCGGACUUUUCAGACUUUGGCAGACUUCUAUGAGUCUUUCCGACGGAGCACAGGCCAAGAGUUUGUCAACUACGAUAUGGAGUACAUCGUAAUGAAGAAGCACAUGGCGCUCAGCCGAGCGGUGGCGGAAACGCGAACCGCCAGCGGAGCAAGUCUGCCGCCAAGGUGCACGCCACGACCGCGGAAGAGCCGGGCGGUGGGCGAGGAUGGCGACGAUGAUGAUGGGGACCUCGAGAAGAGGAACUUCAAGUCCUCUUGA